AUGGGGCUGUCCUGCAACACGAAGCAGGGUGCUGACAUAGUUUCCCGAGCGCUCAAUGCCAUUGUCUUCAUUCCGGACUUUCUCCAGGGAGUCUACGCGGAUGCAGCAUGGCUGCCGCCAGACACGGAGGAAAAACGAGAGAAAUUCUUUGGAUAUCUCAAGGGAUACGCGGCGCCCCCCAAGUAUGUGAAAACUCUUAUCGAGGUCACAAAUGAAUACAAGGCCAGCUUCCCGGGAGUGACUCGGUGGGGUGCAUAUGGCCUGUGUUGGGGGGGAAAGGUCGUGGCGCUAGCCUCUAAGAACAAUACCCCGUUUACAGUAUCAGUACAACUACAUCCGGGCAUGCUCGAUCCCGCCGACGCCAAGGAGAUUAACAUCCCGCAUAUGGUGCUGGCGUCCAAGGAUGAGCCGGCAGAGCCUGUCGCCGGAUUUAAGACCGUCAUCGAGGAUCGUCUAGGCGCCAUCGGUGGGUUUGUCGAAACAUACACAACAAUGUUUCAUGGGUGGAUGGGAACGAACGCCAAACUCGAUCAAGACGAAGGCCGCAACGGAUAUAUCCGAGGUUACACCCAGGUCAUUGAUUUCCUGCGCGAGUAA